GGCGCGCGGUUGUGCAACCGCGAGGCGAGCGGAGCCGCGGGCGCCUCGGAAAACAAGCCGAGCCCAUAAACAAAGCCACGUGGCCUCCGGGCCGGCGGGGGCCGGGCCAAGGGCAGGCGGCUCUUCCGGCAACAAAGAGCCGGGGCCAGAGGCCCGGGAUAAAUAGAGCGGCCCGGCCAGCCGCGCAACGCUCAGAGUCCGACGCCCAGCGAUCCUUGCCGGUGCCGGCACUAGCCUCCAGCCCGCGGGCGCAGAGUCUCGGCUGCGCAGCCCCAGCCCUCAGCCCUCUGCGGGUCUCCGGCCCAGCACUCGGAUCGUCCACCCGAGGCCGUCAGCCGGGUGCCGUCUUCCUGCCCGUCCCAGCUCGCGAUCGCUCUUUUUUUGGUGCCAUGCCAUUCCUCGGGCAGGACUGGCGGUCCCCGGGGCAAAGCUGGGUGAAGACGGCCGACGGCUGGAAGCGCUUCCUGGAUGAGAAAAGCAGCAGCCUGGUGAGCGACCUCAGCAGUUACUGCAGCAAGGAGGUGUACAACAAAGAGAACCUCUUCAACAGCCUCAACUACGAUGUGGCAGCCAAGAAGAGAAAGAAGGACAUACUGAACAGCAAAACCAAAACUCAAUAUUUCCACCAAGAGAAGUGGAUUUAUGUUCACAAAGGGAGCACUAAAGAGCGCCAUGGAUACUGUACCUUGGGGGAAGCCUUCAAUAGACUGGACUUUUCCACAGCCAUUCUGGAUUCCAGAAGGUUUAACUACGUGGUCCGGCUGUUGGAACUGAUAGCAAAGUCACAGCUCACAUCCCUGAGUGGCAUCGCUCAAAAGAACUUCAUGAACAUUUUGGAAAAAGUGGUCCUAAAAGUCCUUGAAGACCAGCAGAACAUCAGGCUCAUCAGGGAACUGCUGCAGACCCUGUACACUUCCCUGUGCACACUGGUGCAGAGAGUCGGCAAGUCUGUGCUGGUCGGGAACAUUAACAUGUGGGUGCACCGCAUGGAGACCAUCCUGCACUGGCAGCAGCAGCUCAACAGCAUCCAGAUCACCAGGCCUGCCUUCAAGGGCCUCACCUUCACUGACCUGCCCUUGUGCUUACAACUGAACAUCAUGCAGCGGUUGAGUGAUGGCCGGGACCUGGUCAGCUUGGGCCAGGUGGCCCCUGACCUGCAUGUGCUCAGCGAGGACCGACUGCUGUGGAAGAAACUCUGCCAGUACCACUUCUCCGAGCGGCAGAUUCGUAAGCGAUUAAUUUUGUCCGACAAGGGGCAGCUGGAUUGGAAAAAGAUGUACUUCAAGCUGGUGCGGUGUUACCCGAGGAGGGAACAGUACGGAGACACCCUCCAGCUCUGCAAGCACUGUCACAUUCUGUCCUGGAAGGGCACCGAUCACCCCUGCACAGCCAACAAUCCAGAGAGCUGCUCCAUCUCGCUCUCCCCCCAGGACUUCAUCAACCUGUUCAAGUUCUGAAUCUCAGUUCAUGACUACACUGCCCAGCAGGGUCCCCUUCUGAUGACUGGAUGGCCUGUUGGCUGGCUGGGAGGACGGAGCUUGGGCACUCCAUUUGUAAAUAAUGUACAUUUUUAUAAACGUUGGCUCGAGAUUUCGGAAAUGAGUCCUGCAGAGAAGAGAGUGCCGCAGCCAGCCUGGGGAUGUGGGGACGUGAACCUGUCCCCUGCAGUAGUAUGGAACGGCACAAAUGCUAUCAAUAAACUUUGUCUAACAACCGGCCAGGGAGACUCCCACAAGCAAGACCUCUCUGUCAAGGGGGAAAACGGAAUUCAUCUUCAUGUUCCUGGAAGCUCCUUCACAGCUCCCUAGGAAGAAAAAAGCAAAACUCACCUAGAAGAUAGGACCCCUCUUUGUUAACAAUGUGAAGAAUCUGUUUAGGGAGAAAGAAAGAAAAGCAGCAUAACCACAGUUGCGAAACCUUGGGCUCUAUGGCUGGGGUUGGGGUUUGUUUGGGAAAGGCAAAGAAGCCCAGCCCAUCUGUGACGUGCUUGUGCCUGGGACCUGAUCCUUGGAAGCCUCCACACAGUGGUCUACCUCUCAAAGCACGGUGCGUGCCCUCAUGGCAUGCACUGCCCCCUAGACAGUGUCUGCCCGUCUCGUAUUUUCAGAACUAUAAAAAGUGAUUUAAAGUGGAAAGCGAUGCUGGAAGCAGCAUUUUCAUUUCAGUCUUCCUUUUUAGGCAAACAUAGCCCUCUCUUCAAGUUUUCCUUCUAACAAUCCCCAAAUCAGUGGAGCCUUUUGUCCUUCCGUGUUGUGGAUCAUCUGGGGAGACGACAGACCCAAUGAGAACAGCCGCCCGGACAAAGUCCUGCUGCAUGACGACAGAAUUUAGUCACCCCCUGGCGGUGAAGACUUUCGUCUUCCUGUUCAACUUCGCAGAGGGGGCCGGGCUUCCUUGGAUAUUGUCAUGGAGGAGUCUCAAGCGUGGUGACUUCGCCAGCAGGUUUUACGGUUUGGCCAACGACGAGGACAAGUUUCCAGCUGCUGUUCCCCUUGGUAGAGGGAGGAACUGCAGAGUUUUUCUUUAGGCCCAACAUUAAAAGGUAGUCACCCUGAGUCAGGGCUUCCUGCAAGGGUGUUGGAAAUCAAAGCCUGGAGUUACAGAUGAACGCGAGGGCAGAGGUACUGCGCAUUCCCCCUGACCUUGUUUCAGCGGCUCCCGGAGGAUUUUUCCAGGCAGAUGACAGCAGAGCACUGUGGGAGAAAGGAAAUUUCAGGACUUGAAGAGGGGGGUGGGGAUGUUUGGGGUUUGUUGUUUUGAUUUUUUUCUUUUUUCUUUUUUUUUUUUUUUACUUUUUAUAGAAGGUUGCUUUUCUACAAUAAUGUACAGAUUUGCAGUUGUACUUGCUUUUUGUUUGUUUGUUUCUCUUUCCAAAUAAAGUUGCCACCUGCAUGCUCUUGGCAAGUCAGUGGAGCCCACUAAGAGCUUGGUUGCCCUGCAUGUGGAGUGAGAGCGUCUCCUUGGGAGGGGAUGACCCUCGCUGGAGAAGGGUCUGGAAGGGGAAAGAUGGCCGAGCCCUUGAUUCAGAUCCCACCCUUGGCAAUGUGCCAUUCACACGGCAGCCCUGGGAGGGGAUGUCACUGCUACUCUGCGUACCUCACUUUGCAAUGUCCGUGCCUACUCUCAGAUUUUUUUCAGUUUCCAUCCCUUUCAGAUUAAUAAUAAUCAUAAGAAUGACUUAAAUCUUCCUUAAUGAGAAAAAGGAAGUGUAAAAGAAGAAGACCUUGGAAAGGCUGAGUUUCAGAAGAGCCACAAACCCCUGAGACAUCUGAGUGUGCUGCUUUCUUUGUUGUUGCUUGGCAAGCCCGUGCUGCUGCUGCUGCGGCUGCUGAAGUAGCUUCACAUUGCCAUGCAAGCCCUUGACUGUUAAAUUCAAAAGCUGCUGCUCCUUGCAUGUUCAGGUUCUCCCAGAGCUCUCACCAUCUUUUCUGAAGUGUGAGGGUGAGCUGGGGAUUUGGGUUUGCCCUGCUGUGAAGAGCUUUGCUAACUGUGACUCAGGGCACUUUCAGGGUGGCGGGGUUCAUGGCUUUCCAAAUCUUCCCACCAACCUGUGUUCAUAUCCAUCAUGGGGAUGGAAAGUCCUUGGCAUCUCGGGGCUUAUUCUUCCCAAAACACUGGCCACGUUGUGUUGGCAGCAGACCACGGGUAAGCCCAUCUUCUAGAGCAGUGCCAGGCAAUAAGAAGCACUUGGGCGAAACAGCUUCUCCCAUUCCUACCCUCCAGCCCCGGAACAGGGGUAUGAUUUUCUGAAACAUUUACUGAGAUGGUGCCCUUGGACUCUGCCCAUUGUCCUUUGGUGUUAUUACAGAUGAUAUUGUAACAGAGUCAGGAAAAUGUCUUAAGGGAAAAAAAUGUGACAUUGAUGGUUGUCUUUGGUUGGAAGUGGAAAAUGCAGAGGGAAACAGCAGGUGCAGAGGGAGAGGGACAGAAGUAGAAAUGGCUCAUCAUGGACACUGUGGUUUGUUUGGGGGACAGCAGAAGCAGCCUUGCUGCCACAGAAUGUGUGCCAGCACCAUCUGUUGGGCACAAAGAGUCUUUCCGUUUUCUAUUGGCAAAUCUCAGGAUGACCUGGGCUAAAAGCAAAAACCAAACCAAAGAAUCCCCAUCUUGGACCCACUAAGAGCCAGAAGAGACCUGACAGCAGAAAGUGCUAGGACCAAGGGUUCCACAGUCUUCAUUGUACCUGCCCAGCCCCACUCUACGUCCCAUCCAGUAAUCAGACACAGAUGUCAAAGAUGAGGCCGUUCAUGCUCCCAGAGAAGGACACGGUUCUGUCCACUGCAGGGAGAGCAGGGGUAUUUGCUAGGGUUUGACCUAACCCAAAGGACAUGAUGUGUGGGCCAUGAAUCCAGAGUGUGUUGGGUAUACGAGCCAGCAUCCAGGGAAGUAUAGAAGUCUCUCUCUUCAUAGCAAGAGGCAGGGGGGAGGGGAGGGAUAACUUGUUCAUGCAGAUUGUGUUAUUACACCAUACUGUUGGUUUGGGCAUAUGAAUCACUUCAGUGGGAGGGCACAAGGCAGAAAUGAACAAAAGUUCCAGGAUGACCACACGCCCCUAGAGUGUCUCUUGUGAGAUGAUAAGCAAUUGUAUGUCAAAGGGAAUUGGCGGAGAUUUUGUAGAAAGGCUGGAUUUGUACCAACACUGAGCGGGCUGGACUUGCUCAUGGGAGGGAGGGCGGUGCGCAUGUGUUUGGCCAUUGCCGCAACUCUCACCCCGUGGGUUCAUGGACCUUUUCCCACGAAAGGGAUCUGCUGUGGACAAGGGCACUUGGUUUCUACCGUUCUGACAAGAGGACAAAGAGCUGGCGUUCCUUUUGCCUGGGAGCGAGAGGUGUCACUGACAAAGCACUCAAAGAGACAUUCAGUGGUGUGUCAUUCUUAGUGUUGAAUAUAAUGUUUAUUAGAAUAUGGCUCACCUGAGUUUAUAUUUUUCCUGCCAAGCUGUAAGGCAAUAAUGUUUGGCUAUGCAAACACUGUUUUAUGUGUUGAUUUUUUUAACUGUAAUUUUAUGCGUGCUUUCUUUUUUCCUAAACUAAAUUGUAUCAUCAUUUUCUGUGUUGAUAUCUGUUGCUUUUUUCAUCUCUUUCCAACUAUCUGAGUCGCUGAGUCUGCGAACCAUCUCUUCUGACUGGCUGCAGGCCUAAAAUCCUAUUAGUGCUUAAACAGACCUCAGAAGCCCCUGAACCACCAGGCAAAGGUAGAGAUGUGACAUUAUGAUAUACCCUGGGCUUCCACAAACAAGGUCACAAUUCCUUCAAAUCUCAUGUUUUCUCUAGAUGUUUUCUUCUUUGUACUGUCAUGGAGCAUAAACCCUCUGUGGUUUCCCAAAGGGGGAAAAAAAAAAUCACUGUCCCAGACAUUAGGGACCCAACAGGGAUGCGAGAGCCAGCGGAGUCUGACAGCCCUGCUGCCUUUCUGGAUGCAGAAGUGGGUUCAGAAGACUUGGGAGUAUGCCCCCUGCCACCCUCAGUCCUCAGUGAUAGAGCUGAGUAUAAACAAGGGGCUUCCCAAGACUGACUUUACACAUCCAGUACUCUCAGCCUGAGCAUCUGUUGUGUUCAGUGUUGGACACAGCUCUGCAGACGCUGGACGGUCAGUGGAAUUCACUGGACCUUCCCAGGGAAGGUCCUGCAGACUGACUAUCUGGACCUAGGGCUGUGAGCUUCCCCAGUAUUUCCAGUCUCUGAUUCUUCCUGGAGAGGUGAGGAAGCCCUGUCGGGUCUCUGCAGCCCUCUGACUCUACUGGGGACGCAGCAUUCUGUGUGGAUGGAUGGCCAGCUUGCAAGAAAGCAAGCAGCAUGUUAUGACAAACUCACUUUCUUCUUUCAACGUCGGUACAAAGAUGGCCCUCCUAAAAGUAAGCGAGGGCUGAGCAGCAGUGUGUUUUCCAGAAAUUGGGAUUCUAAAGGCAGCUAUGCCAGCAUUUCCUCCACCCUAUUCAUCUCCUCUUCCCCCCCGCCCCUCCAGCACCGAUAGUGAGGUCCAGUGUGUUUAUAGCCCAGCAGAUAUUCACUCUCUGCCAGACUUGGUCUUCACUAAGUGGGGGGGCAGGGGACACAGGGAGGUAUCUAGCCCAUCAGACAUCCAGGAGCCAGGGCCAUGAUAUGUGUGACUUUGCAAAGUGUUCUUGAAUUCUCUCAACAAACAACUGUUCCUAAAGAAAACUCUCGAAACUUCAGCCCUGUGCCAUUUGACCAAAGCUGGAUGGCUGCUUCAACACUCUGAACUCCUUAUAACUUGUACAAAGCUGCUUAUAGUUUGAUCAUAGGCUUUUCGGUCUUUGAAGUUAGACAUGUCUGUUGAAUUAAUGACAAAACGGAAAGCUCCAAUCCCUGCUGUGCACUUGUAAUCCUUGGCACCAUCUUUAUUCUACCAAGUGCCAAUCACCCAGGCUAAAGGGGGUGUGUGUUACAGCUAUGUCCUAAGCUUAGAAGCUUGAAUGUACUUCUUUUUUAAUGAAAAACACCAUAUGGGGUUUCGACAUUGUAGCUAAAAGUAUAAGGGUAGACCAAUUACAUGCAAUAAUGUUUAUUUAAUAUGGUGUGAGCUGAAUCUUUCUGUAUAAAUUAUUUGCACACUUUUCCUGCAUGUUGAACUGAUUUUUUUAUAGUUGUUUGUACCAGACAGUGGCAUAUUUUUGUAAAAAUUUUUUGACACUGAAUUGCAAUAAAUGUUUUUCCAACAACA